CCGAUCGGCCGCUCAGCUGUUCUCGCCGGGGAGGAGACGGAGGCCGUAACAAACUCAUUUUUCUCUUAUUUUUCCUCCAUUUCUUCCAUUUUUUCACCAUGAGCAAAGUCCUCAAGGCAGCGUGGUUCGGUACCAAGGUUGGACUCGGCGUUGGAGUUGUGUAUGCCACAGUAGAUCAGGGCAUAUGGGGCUCCAGUAAAGAGGCUGCCGCAGCUUACGACAGAUUGUACGAUAUUAUGCCUGGGACGAAAAAUGUAUCGGAAAAGUAUUUACAACUCCCCAAGAAGGAGGACGUCAACAUAAACUUCCGCAGCUACUGGAACACGGGAGUCUUUUAUUCCUUUGACUUCAUUGCUAACAUCCCCACCAAGAUUGUUGGAUUAAAAGAUUCUGCUGUAGGCUUCGUCAGCUCGUCCUUUGCAUCGGAGAAACCAAAAGAAGAGGAAAGUAAGCCAGAGGAAAGCCAAGCUGCGGCAGCCCCCCCUCCCCCUGCCGUUAGCGAUGCCGUGCAGGCCGAGGCAGUGAGCGCGGAAGAUGAUAAGAGCUAGGAUUUUAUUUUUCCCAACAAAGACAUGGAAGAGGUUGAUUUAUUUUUUAUUUUAGAACCACGAGGCAGAAAACUUUUUAGAAAAGCCUAGUGAAUAUGUUUAUUAUUACGAUUUAUUUAAUUUUCUUAUCUUCUUUAACGGAUGCAUGGAUGGAAUUUAUUUUAUUCUGUCCUUUUUGUCAUUGACUUUGUAUAUAGUGAUCAAUAAAAGUAAAGGCUA